UCAUGCUGCUGCCAGGUCCAGAGUGUCUCAUGGGUCCCUGUACGGCCUCCCAUUGCUGCUGUCUCCAUCGCCACACUCUGCCAUGUGCCACUUUCAGGUCUCCUCACACUGCUGGUGGGUUCCAUUUUUUGUCAUAGGGUGCUGGCAGAUUACGGGCCUCCCAUUGCUGCUGCCAGGCCCGUAAUCUGCCAUGGGCCCCCGUACCGCCUCCUCAUGCUGCUGCCAGGUCCAAAGUGUCUCAUGGGUCCCUGUACGGCCUCCCAUUGCUGCUGUCUCCAUCGCCACACUCUCUGCCAUGUGCCACUUUCAGGUCUCCUCACACUGCUGGUGGGUUCCAUUUUUUGU